AGAUAAUGGUGAAGAAAUAUAGAGAAGACGAAGAGAAAGGUGCAGACGACAGGGGUGGGUGGUAGUCUUUUUUUGCGGCGCAAGAGAGAAAAGCACACCCCGCGACCGCUACCUUGGCCGCAUGGCCAUGGAUCAAGAUGGGCUGUGCCUAUGCGACGACGGGACAAGAUGCAGACUUGCCGAUUCACCCUUGCUCGCUUCCCGUUCGUACCUUCCUACCUGAGAUGGACAAGUUGGUUGGUCGUGGUAUGGGUUUGUUCAACGAUAAAGACCCAAUGACGGCCUCCUGCCUUCCACAACUUCCUCUUGCCUCAUCCGCACUUGAUUUCAUCACCGAUUCGACCUCUUUUUCUCUUCCUUCCUUCGCCUCGCGCAUUUUUUUCCUUUACUGCUCACUCGUCUACGACGUUCCGUCAUACACGCUCUUGACUGUUAAGAAUCCAGCCCAACUUGGUUUCACUCUACGCUUUCCACGUUUGGAAAUCAGUAGCCUCAUCAUCGUUCCUUCCUCCCCUGCCUCUUCAAUACUCGCAGCGGUUACGUACUAUCCUUCGCGACCAGCCUCGCUGUUGCACAUCGACCACAUUCCUUGGACCUUCCAAUACUGUCAGUUGUUUGACUUCUAUUCUUUCUCGACUUCAAGACUUUUUUUUCUCUCUCUUUCUCGGAGAAUAAAAAACUUGAAGAUAUCCCCCGUCUCAGUCACCUUGACUUGAACGACUCACUAUCACUCACCAACAACACAUUGAAGCCCCCCUUCCCCCCAAUACCAGGAUCAACCGAACCGCGGAUAUCUCAAUCAAGACGAGGAGCAAACACACUCUUUGACACAUCUCACAAGACCCCAA